AUGGGAGAACCAACUGAAGUUCUUCCUACUGCAGUAGGUCAGACCUCAAAUGAAUUCACUAUUGAUUCAUCUCAUUCGUACUACCUCCACCCUUCUGAUGCUCCAGGUAUGACACUUGUGAACUCACCUUUUGAUGGCAAAGGUUUCGGAGGAUGGAAAAGGGGCAUGUUCGUAGCCCUUUCAGCCAAUAACAAAACUGGAUUCAUAGAUGGAUCCCUUUCCAAACCUGCUACCACAGAUCCAUCAUUGAAAUCUUGGACCAGAUGCAAUGACAUAAGUGCACAACUGCUUUGGAAAGAUCUGGAGUCCAUAUUUGGACAAACCAACGGUACCAAGCUUUUCCAACUGCAAAAGGAACUAUCAACUCUGGUUCAAGGAAACCUCAGUGUUACUGGUUAUUUCACAAAACUGAAGUGCAUCUGGGAUGAACUAGAUGCCAUGAACAUUAUUUCCUUUUGUUCUUGUGAGUGUGUUUGUGGUGGAAAGGAUAAAUCUAAAAAGGCACAGGAUGAUGAGAGGCUAUUGCAAUUUCUAAUGGGUUUGAAUAGUUCGUAA